CACAUGAUACCACUUUAUCAUAUUUAGAUGGAUUAGAAAAUGCAUUUCAAUCAACAAAAUUAGUAGAAUAUUGCAGAAAAACACCUGAGGACAAGACGGCCAAUGCGCUUUUCCUCCAGCUGACAGCAGGUGGACUUGUCCUCCUCCUCGCUGGUGCCUGUUGACGUUCUCGAAGGGUUCGUCUAAUGCCACCAUUGCGCUUCCAUUGUGCCCAAGCAGACCCAACAGGAAGCGGCAAACAUCGACGAACAGGGCCUCAUUAGACACGUGUGCUCCCUACACAAACAUUCGGUUCUGUUUGGGGGACAGGAUUUCGAGAUGUCUUUUAUCAUCUGUCGCAUACGUCCUCUCUACCAAUGCGGUUUUAAGAAAAAGCGAAAAUGAGAUGGGAUUUUACAUUAGAAGGGCCACCUGCGGAACGUCGCAAUGAUGCUCCCUAAUCCAACUGAGCCACUCUCGAUUUAAAGGAGCAGGAUGACAAAAUGGCCCAGUUGCUGGUACCGCCUGGUCCUGACAGCUUCCGCCCCUUUGUCCCGGAGUCUCUGGCCGCCAUUGAGAGGCGCAUUGCCGAAGAAGAGGCCCGGAGACCGCGGGCAGAGCGUCGCAGCGACUGUGAUGAUGAAAAUGGACCCAAACCUAACAGUGACUUGGAGGCAGGAAAAUCACUUCCCUUCAUCUAUGGUGACAUCCCUCCAAGUUUGGUGUCCACUCCCUUGGAGGAUUUGGACAGCUUUUACAGCAACCAGAAGACUUUCAUAGUAUUGAAUCGUGGGAAGGCAAUCUUCCGUUUCAACGCCACUCCUGCCUUGUACAUCUUAAGCCCCUUCAACCCGCUUAGGAGAAUAGCGAUUCGAGUUUUAGUCCACUCGAUGUUCAGCGUGUUGAUCAUGUUCACCAUCCUAACCAACUGUGCUUUUAUGACCCUAAGUAACCCUCCAGAAUGGGCCAAGAAUGUAGAAUACACAUUCACAGGGAUUUACACUUUUGAGUCACUCAUAAAGAUCCUGGCCAGAGGCUUCUGCGUGGGCAAGUUUAGUUUUCUGCGUGACCCUUGGAACUGGCUGGACUUUAGCGUCAUCCUCAUGGCGUAUAUAACCGAGUUUAUAAACCUAGGCAAUGUUUCAGCUCUGCGCACAUUCAGAGUAUUGAGAGCUUUGAAAACUAUCUCAGUCAUACCAGGUUUGAAGACUAUCGUUGGUGCUUUGAUCCAGUCAGUCAAAAAGCUGUCGGAUGUGAUGAUCCUGACAGUAUUCUGCCUCAGCGUCUUUGCUCUCAUUGGCCUGCAACUCUUCAUGGGCAAUCUAAGGCAGAAAUGUGUGCGCUUGCCAAUCCCUGGCAACAACACCAACAACAGCGAAUCCAUUGCCACCGACAUGUUUCUUCUCAACAGCAGCCUAGCAGAAGUCAGCGACAUGUUCCCUAACAACACAGGGAGGGCAUUCAACUGGACUGAGUACAUCAGCAAUGACAGUAAUUACUAUUUCCUCCCUGGUGGUAGGGAUGCUCUGCUCUGUGGAAAUGGCAGUGGGGCUGGGGUUUGUCCGGAAGGCUUUGUUUGUAUCAAAGCGGGCCGUAACCCAGACUUCGGCUACACAAGUUUUGACACCUUCAGUUGGGCUUUCCUGUCUCUAUUCCGACUUAUGACCCAGGACUACUGGGAGAACCUCUAUCAGCAGACUUUACGUGCUGCAGGGAAGCCCUACAUGAUCUUCUUCGUUUUGGUGAUCUUUCUGGGUUCCUUUUACCUUGUGAAUUUGAUUUUGGCUGUUGUGGCCAUGGCUUAUGAUGAGCAAAACCAGGCCACCAUAGAGGAGGCCCAACAGAAAGAGGAAGAGUUCCAGGCCAUGAUGGAACAGCUCAAGAGGCAGCAGGAGGAAGCACAGGUUGCCGCGGCAGCAGCCACGGAGUGCGGCGAGUACAGCCAGAGGGGGGGCCCCACCUCUGAGUCCUCCUCUGUGACAUCCAAGCUCAGCUCAAAAAGUGCAAAAGAGCGACGCAAUAGGCGGAAAAAAAGGAAACAGAGGGAGGAAGAGGAGGAGGAGAGGGGUUCAUGCAACAGGUUCCAUAAAUCUGUAACUGUGGACAGCAUCAACAGAUCCUUCCACUUCUCCAUGGAUGCGAACAGAUUGUCCUAUGAGAAAAGAUGCUCCUCACCCAAUCAGUCUCUGCUCAGUAUACGAGGAUCACUCUUCUCACCACGGAGGAACAGCCAGGGCAGCCUCUUCAGCUUCCGUGGACGAGCUCGCGACAUGGGCUCUGAAAACGAUUUUGCGGACGACGAGCACAGUACCUUCGAGGAGAGCGACAGCCGCCGGGGCUCACUCUUUUUACCCCGUCGCCUGGAGCGUCGUUGCAGCGCCAUCAGCCAGACGAGCCUCAGGGUACCUCGUGUGAUGCUUCCUGCCAACGGCAAGAUGCAUUGCGCGGUGGAUUGCAAUGGCGUUGUUUCACUGGUUGGAGGAACAUCUGUAACUAACUCUCCGGGUACCACAACAGACACUGAAGUGAGAAAGCAACACUCGAUUGAUUAUUUAGAUGAACCAGGGGGCAGGCAAAGAGCCAUGAGUGUGGCCAGCAUCCUCACCAACACCAUGGAAGAGCUUGAAGAGUCGAGACAGAAAUUCCCCCCCUGCUGGUAUCGAUUUGCCAACACUUGUUUGAUCUGGGAUUGCUGCCCUGCCUGGCUUAAAAUAAAAGAGUUUGUCAGCAUGGUUGUCAUGGACCCAUUUGUGGAUCUGACUAUCACUAUUUGCAUUGUCCUCAACACGCUUUUUAUGGCCAUGGAGCAUUAUCCAAUGACGAAAGAUUUCAACAAUGUCCUUUCUGUCGGAAACCAGGUAUUCACUGGCAUUUUCACAGCAGAGAUGUGCCUCAAGGUCAUCGCCCUCGAUCCUUACUAUUACUUCCAGGAAGGCUGGAACAUUUUUGACGGCAUUAUUGUCAGUCUAAGUCUGAUGGAGCUGGGUUUGUCCAAUGUAGAGGGCCUGUCUGUGCUCAGGUCCUUUCGACUGCUGAGGGUAUUCAAACUGGCAAAAUCCUGGCCAACUCUGAAUAUGCUGAUCAAGAUCAUCGGUAACUCAGUGGGGGCCCUUGGGAACUUAACCCUGGUGCUCGCUAUCAUCGUGUUCAUCUUCGCUGUGGUGGGAAUGCAGCUUUUUGGCAAGAGUUACAAGGAGUUCUUCUGUACGAUAAACGAUGGAGGGUGUCAACUACCACGUUGGCACAUGCAUGAUUUCUUCCACUCCUUCCUCAUUGUAUUCCGGGUGCUGUGUGGAGAGUGGAUCGAGACUAUGUGGGACUGCAUGGAGGUAGCAGGACCGACAAUGUGUCUGAUUGUCUUCAUGAUGGUGAUGGUCAUCGGAAACUUGGUGGUUCUGAACCUGUUCUUGGCACUGCUUCUGAGCUCUUUCAGCGCUGAUAACUUGGCGGCAACUGACGAUGACAGCGAAAUGAAUAACUUGCAAAUUGCUGUGGGCCGUAUCCAGCGCGGCAUUGCCUUUUUAAAAUCUUCUGUCCGACAAUUCCUCCAGAGCCUUUUCUUUGGUGGAACUGGGAAAGGAUCUAGUAUGCAUGAAGAGAGCAAACCCCUGGAAGAACUGCAUAGCAAUGGCAAAGGCAACUUUAUCACUAAUCACACAACAGUGGAAAUGACCAAGGACCCUAGCGGAAUGUACAUGACACCUGAGGGCAACGGACGCCCAGGUGGAGGCCUUGUCGCCGGGGGGAUGGUCGACGGGGAUAGCACUGAAAAGUACCCUAUAGAUGAAUGUCCCUACAUGUCAUUUAUUCACAACCCGAGCCUGACAGUCACAGUGCCUAUUGCUGUGGGUGAGUCAGACUUCGAGAACCUCAACACAGAGGAUUUAAGCAGCGAUUCCUCAGAUGUAGAGGGCAGCAAAGAGAAGCUUAACAUUGAGCCCCGGCAACUCAGCUCUUCAGAAGGGAGCACUGUUGAUAUUCGCCCACCAGGAGAUGGGGUUGAUUCAGAGGAACUGGAGCUUGGAGAGUCACUGGACCCAGAAGCCUGCUUUACUGAGGGAUGUGUGAGCAGAUUCCAGUGUUGCCAGGUCAAUGAGGAAGAAAGCGGGUUUAAGAGUUGGUGGACACUCCGGAAAACCUGUUUUGUUAUAGUGGAGCACAACUGGUUUGAGUCCUUUAUCAUAUUUAUGAUCCUGCUUAGCAGCGGUGCACUGGCUUUUGAGGACAUUUAUAUUGAACAGAGGAGGACAAUCAAAACAAUGCUGGAGUAUGCAGACAAGGUCUUUACUUAUGUCUUCAUUCUGGAGAUGCUGCUGAAAUGGGUGGCCUACGGCUUUGUCAAGUACUUCACCAAUGCCUGGUGCUGGCUCGACUUCCUGAUUGUUGACGUGUCCCUUGUCAGCCUUGUGGCCAAUGCUCUGGGCUACUCUGAGCUCACCGCCAUCAAAUCGCUAAGGACGCUGCGAGCCCUCCGCCCACUCAGAGCCUUAUCUCGGUUCGAGGGCAUGAGGGUUGUGGUGAAUGCACUACUGGGCGCCAUCCCCUCUAUCAUGAAUGUGCUGCUGGUCUGCCUCAUCUUUUGGCUCAUCUUUAGCAUCAUGGGGGUCAACCUGUUUGCAGGGAAGUACUACUACUGCGUCAAUACGACCACUGACGAAGUCUUCCCUAUUGAAGUGGUCAACAACAAGACUGACUGCCUUUAUUUGGUCAACGACAGCGCCAGAUGGAAGAAUGUCAAAAUCAAUUUUGACAAUGUCGGUGCUGGUUAUUUGGCAUUGUUACAAGUGGCAACCUUUAAGGGCUGGAUGGACAUAAUGUAUGCUGCAGUGGAUUCUCGUAAUCUGGAGGAUCAGCCCAAAUAUGAAGUGAACUUGUACAUGUACCUGUACUUUGUCAUCUUCAUCAUCUUUGGUUCCUUUUUUACUCUCAACCUGUUCAUUGGCGUUAUUAUUGACAACUUCAACCAGCAGAAAAAAAAGUUUGGAGGGCAAGAUAUCUUUAUGACAGAGGAACAGAAGAAAUACUACAACGCUAUGAAGAAGUUAGGAUCCAAGAAACCGCAGAAACCUAUUCCUCGACCAACAAAUGCAUUUCAAGGCUGUGUGUUCGACUGCAUAACAAAGCAAGCUUUUGACAUCGUUAUAAUGAUCCUCAUCUGCCUUAACAUGGUGACCAUGAUGGUGGAGACUGAUGACCAGACUCAGGACAUGGACGACAUCCUUUACUGGAUCAACCUGGUCUUCAUUGUACUCUUCACUGGGGAGUGCAUACUAAAGAUGGUCUCCUUGCGUCACUAUUACUUCACCAUAGGUUGGAAUAUAUUUGAUUUUGUGGUGGUGAUCCUGUCAAUUGUAGGCAUGUUUUUGUCAGACAUGAUAGAGAAAUACUUUGUUUCCCCAACAUUGUUCCGCGUGAUCCGUCUAGCAAGGAUCGGCCGCAUUCUCCGUCUCAUCAAGGGUGCCAAGGGCAUCCGGACACUCCUCUUUGCCCUGAUGAUGUCACUUCCUGCCCUUUUUAAUAUCGGCCUCCUCCUUUUUUUGGUCAUGUUCAUCUACGCAAUUUUUGGCAUGUCCAACUUUGCCUACGUCAAACGGGAGUCCGGAAUCGACGACUUGUUCAAUUUCGAAACCUUUGGAAAUAGUAUGAUCUGCUUGUUCCAGAUCACUACCUCAGCUGGAUGGGAUGGUCUUUUGGCACCUAUCCUGAACAAGAGGGAACCUGACUGUGAUAGCCAAAUGGAACACCCAGGCAACUACUACAAAGGCAACUGUGGCAACCCAUCAGUGGGUAUCUUCUUUUUCGUCAGCUACAUCAUCAUUUGCUUCCUGAUUGUGGUCAACAUGUACAUUGCCGUCAUCCUGGAGAAUUUCAGCGUGGCGACGGAAGAAAGUGCCGAGCCGCUAAGUGAGGAUGACUUUGAGAUGUUUUACGAAGUGUGGGAGCGCUUCGACCCUGAUGCCACGCAGUUCGUGGAGUACAGCAAACUCUCAGACUUUGCCGAUGCGCUCGACCCGCCGUUGCGUAUGCCCAAACCUAACAUGAUUCAGCUCAUCUCCAUGGACUUGCCGAUGGUGAGCGGCGAGCGCAUCCACUGCCUCGACAUCCUGUUUGCCUUUACUAAGCGCGUACUCGGGGAAGGCGGUGAGAUGGAUGUGUUGCGAGGGCAGAUGGAGGAACGCUUUAUGGCAUCCAAUCCUUCAAAGGUGUCGUACGAGCCAAUCACAACUACUCUCCGCCGCAAGCAGGAAGAAAUGUCCUCCAUCAUCAUCCAGAGAGCUUUCCGUCGCUACAUGAUUUGCACCGCCAUGAAGAAGGCCUCAGCCCUCUACAAAGAGCACCUGAAAGAGGGCCUGCGUGACCCUGACAAGGACGUUAUGGUCAUCAGCAAAUUCAACGAGAACUCCACCUCGGAAAAAACAGAAAUGACCGCAUCCACUGCUUCCCCUCCCUCUUACAACAGCGUGACAAAAUCUGACAGGGACAAAUACGAGAAAGAAAACAGUGAGAAGAAAAAAGAUUUGAAAGAGCAAAAGAAAUAGAUUGUUUUCCAUUGUUGUGUGCUUGUAUGUUGAUCGUUAGGAGUUGAGGAAUGACUCAAGAAAUGGGCAAGUACUAGUAUGUCAAGUAUGAUAGCUGAAGGGACCAAAUUAUCCAGAAGUUUGAAAAGACUCUUACAAACACUUGUGAUUCUCUGUUUGGUUGUUUUGUUAAUUGACGCACUCGAGUGUACUAUUAAAUUGUCUGUAGUUAGUGCUGCUAUCGAUAGUGUCAUUAAUUUAAAAAUGGCCGUAUCACGCAAGUACUCAGCUUUUUUUCCUGCUGUUGGUUGGGUGGGGGACGGGCUCGAAUAUGUUUUUGCCUUUUUUGAAACACUAAAUACUUGAACUCGUGCACUUGGGGAAAGAUUCCCUUCCUACUCUUUUCUGACUGAGGAAAAUGGUCGCAGAUUUAGCGUUUAUGUUUCUCUUCUUACCUGCUGCUAAGAGUGCACAGGUUUCAAAGCCAAAUUCCCAAGUUUGAAUGAAAUGCAGCCAAAACAGAUAGCUCACAGUAGUUCCACAAUAACCCGUGGUGGAUAGAGCCAAUAGGAAAUAUGUCAAAACAUCUUUGUGACAGGUCUUAUUGUCUCAUCUAUUAUUAGCCUAACAGCAAGUAAGAAUGAACACUGCAGAAUAUGACAAGAAUCAAGAUAAAGUGUAGAAUUAUCACUAAAGAGGUGCCUUUUAUAUACAUUAGACUCAUUGGCCAUUUUUGAUCAACUAAUAUAUCAACCCAUAUAUCGGUAAAAUAAUCUGGGAACUGCUAUUGUUAACAAGCUUGUAAUUGCCUUUCACUUCUGUCUGUACCAGCAUCAUCCAACCUUUAUUGAGUAAAGGCUCAUUUUUCAUAUGAAAGAAAUCUCACUGCACACUAACACACAAAAUGCUACAAAAAGUGAGUACAUGUGUGAGUUAUGUACCUACCGGCGUUUUGUUCAAUAGGAGUUAAUUGGGUUGUCAGUCAAUAGAUGACCCACAGAUAUUAUUUGUGAUAAAUCAUCUUUAGAUAAAGUAAAAUUGAGUUUUUUUUCUGCAUAUCUGGUAAUCUCUUGCUGGUUGGAAAUUAUUUAUAUAUCAUGCAUUAAAAUAGAAAUUACUUCUAUUUAUAGGUAAUUUGGUCCAUUUGGGGCCUCAAUGCCUUCCUUGCCUGCUUAUUUUCAUCACACAAAACACACACAGACACAAAAAUGUUCCUAUAGAAUUUAAACUAUCGUCGUUUGCAUGUAUGCAACACAGCGAAGCUGAUUGUAUGCAUGCAGAACAAAUGAGACUGUUCAGCAGCAAAGCUUAACAAUGUGCAUAUUUAAUUUUUAUAGCAGUUUUUUUGCUUCCAAUCAGCAAACUUUAAACUUCUUUUGCGUUCAUGCAAACUUCCAUCCUUCCUUCCCCUGCUUAUUUGAUUCAGGUCACAGGUAAACUGGAUCCUAUCCCAGCUGACUUUGAGCGGGAGGUCAUGUACAUACGAAGUGAAUUAAUAACCAUUAACACUAGCAUUCGCACUUGUGGGCUGUCUCCAGGUACUGCAGCAUCAUCGCACAUUAAAAAACAUGGAAGUAAUGUAAUUUUAAUUCAAAAAUCAAUUUUGAAUGUUCCCUACCUCUUGACUAAAGUCAUCUUGGAUUUACUGUUGCUCACUCAUUGGGUUGAGUGGUACAGUGUUACAUUUGACAGAAAAAAAAAUUAUGAGCACUGGACCUGCUAACUAGGACGAUGGAUUCAACUUUUAAAGUGGUCAUUGAGUUGUGAUUUUUCUGUAGUGCUUCCCUAAAAGAAAGCAAUUGUUAGACUGCCCAGUUAUAAAUUCAAAUAUUGACCAAUUUUUGGUUUCUGUUGACCCAUCCCACACACAAAAAUAGUUUUUCCUUGAAAUAGCAGUUAAAUUUGUCUAAUGAUCAAGCUUGGAAUGCCCAUAUAAGGAAAAAAAUCCCCAUCUAAAUGAAUAAAAAUGGCAUUAAUCCAUUCCAAAACAUUCAGUAAAAAGCAGGUUUUCCAAGGUUUUAUGUGGGGUGCUUAUCUGUGUGUUUGAAGAGUGAGUGACUUUUAUCUAUUCGUUUUCUAUGCUGCUUAUCCUGUUAAUGAUCAAAGGAAACUCGGCCCUUUAUAGCUGACUUUGGUUGAAAGGCAGAAUAUUGGGCAAGGGUUGAGAUUUAAUCACACAAAAAAAGGGAGGGACCACAUUUUAAUAAUGGCCAACCAGCCUCCUGACUUUUUUUUGUCAUGCAAAUGAUAAAAAUUAAGCAAUUGUCUGUAGAUAUGAACCAUUCAUCAUCCAAUACCCAUCUCUAACUGCUCAUAAAAUGGUAUUUUAGUGAACUGCUUGCAGAAGUUAACGCUAUCUGCACAUAUGGUCUAAUUGUUUAAAUGCCAAAAUAAUAAAAUUACAUAUUUUUUCCUUAAA